AUGUCAAACGAAAUAAAAGAUCCGUCAAAACCACCCGAGACCACAAUUCGGACCCCGCGACCGUCGUCUCCGCGGGAGUUUUUCGCACGCCUUUACGGGCACCUGGAAGAGCCGAAGGAGCAAGGCGGUGCGGUUGGCAGCAAUGGCAGCGAAUCCGGAUCGGACGUGGAGGUGGGCAGCGACGGAGGGUCCGCGAGCCCGAUGUGGCCGCCGCCGCUGCCGCUGUGCCCGCGCCCGCUGCUGCUGCCGCAUCAGCAGCUAGCUUUCGGCGCUGGAUUGGCCGCUUUUUUGGCCCGUCGACGUCGGAAAGAGAGCCGGCCGCGGCGGCAGCGGACCACCUUCUCCGCUCACCAGACCCUCAGGCUCGAGUUGGAGUACGCGAGGGGCGAAUACGUCGCCAGGGCACGGAGGUGUGAACUUGCAACAGCGUUGUCUUUGAGCGAGACACAAGUUAAAAUUUGGUUCCAAAAUAGAAGAGCUAAAGACAAAAGAAUCGAAAAGGCUCAUCUAGAUCAACAAUACAGACAACUGGCAGCGGCUUCAGGGCAUGUUCCCUGCGGUGCUGCCCCCCUACUGCCCGCCACCUUGCCCCUGCCUGCCGCCGCAACAGACACAACCCCUUCAUAAAUAGUUGGAAAUUAAUCAACGGGUACCUAAAGCCUGACCUAAUCAGGUCAACUAAACCUAACCACAUUUAAUGUGAAUCUAUUCAGGACAAGAGGACAAGGAUUUUGAUAAUCAUUUCAUCGGAGUUUGACGUUUAAAUAGUGCACCGGCAAGUCUAUCAAAAUUGUUGCAAACUUAUCUUUGACUAACUCUAGGUAUCGCGCACUGAACUACGCGUAGGUAUGGGACCCAUAUACAGGUACCUACGGUGUAUAAAUGGGUCCUAAACCUGUACGGUAAUUCAUAGAUAAGAUAUAGACAUCUAGUAUAAGCAAGGUAAUAUAACUCUGCAAACAUUCUAGAUUUUAGUAAAAUGUAUAGAAAGAAACGUUAAACUUUCGUGAGACAUAUUCAAAGCGGUGUCCGUCAGGAUGCGCGGUGCCUCCAAAAUUGGCCCGAAACAUGUCGCCGCAGUAGCGACAUAAUAACGUGAGUACAACCGUCGAUUCAUUAAAUAUUUAAAAGUAUUUAUCUAAAUUAUGUUUACUUCAUUCAAAUUUAGAACGCUUGCAGAUUUCUUACCUAGUGUAAGUAGGUAGUGUAGGUAGGUAUUAUGAAGUAGAAAAUAAAAGAGUUAAAUUGUUGAAAUAUAUUUAUUUGUGAAAAGUCAACUUACCAUGGCCUUUUCCACGAGGAAUGCUCGUCCGCAUGUAGAAGAGUCCAUGGAAAACAGUUUUUAUUUAAUAUAUUGCACACAGACAUAUGUAAGAGGAAUCUACAUUAACAGUGUAGGUAAAAUUGAGAAAAACAAACGCAAACAAAUAGACAUUUUACACUUAACUAUAAAUUGGGGUUAAACGCGCAAAUAACAUUCUUAGCCAGAAAGUUUUUAUUGACUAGCAUGUCGAAUAUUUGUGAACAAUCUUGUAAUUUUAAAUAUUUAAGUUAUAAAAUAACAAUUCCAUGCAACAAUGCAAUAAAUAUUUUCUUUACAUAUUGACAACUUCACGUACAGUUUAUUAUAGGUAGUUAUUGCCAUAUAAAUUAUAAUCACAUUAAUUCUGAAUGUGUAACGAGUUGCACCUAAGCAACUGUUAUAAUCCUUUGGAAUGUCAAUUUAAAUCUAGUCCUAGCAUUCUGAGCGUUAAAAUUUAAAAUAAAAUAUAACCCACGACUUUAUAUUAAACACUAAUAAAGUCAAAUUCAAUUUGUUUUUUUUUCUCACUUAU